AUGUGCAAACCUAGGUCGGAAGUAAAUUCUAACUCCAAGAAUGAUGAUCAGCUGAUUGGCAAGUUACAGGAAAAAUAUCGGGACGUGGACAGGUUAGACCAAUGGGCCAAGACUCACUGUAUGAAGUUCAACAAGGCCAAGUGCCAGGUUCUCCACCUGAGUCACAAGAACCCCAUGCAAAAGAUGACAUCUACGUUUUUGCUUAUUGGUCAUCUCACUCUGCUGAUACCUCUGUUCAGUACUGGAGAAGAAUGUGCUAUUUGUGAUUACUUUGUGCUUGUUGGAGAGCCUACAGCUAUUAGUUGCCCAGUAAUUACACUGCCAGCGCUUCACUUCGAUUACAAACUGACAUGGUAUAAAAAUGGUAGUGCUACACCAGUAACCACAGAGAGAGACUCCAGGAUCCAUCAGCGAGAGGGCUUGCUUUGGCUUAUUCCUGCAACAUUGGAAGAUUCUGGAUCUUAUGAAUGUGUUGUAAGGAGCCUUAACCACUCUAACAAGAGAACAAUAAAUUUAACAGUUUUUAAGAAUGACAAUGGUUUGUGUUUUAAUGGAAAAAUGAAGUUUGAACAAAAAGUGACGAGCACAAAUACUGGAAAGAUUAUAUGCCCUGAUCUAGAACAUUUUAAAGAUGAAGAUAAUAAUCAGCCUGAAGUACACUGGUAUAAGGAGUGUAAGUCUGGAUUUCUUGGAGACGGGCGACUUCUUUUGGCCGAGGGUCAAAAUGCUGUCUUGGUUCGCAACAUAACUGUGCAGGACAGAGGAAACUACACCUGUCGUAUGGUGUACACAUACAUGGGAAAACAAUACAAUGUUUCACGAACCGUCAGUCUGGAGGUUAAAGAACGACCACAGCAGAUAAGACCAGAGUUUAUUUAUCCAAAGAACAAUACAAUUGAAGUAGAACUUGGUUCUCAUGUAGUUAUGGAAUGUAAUAUAUCAAGUGGCAUAAAUGGCUUGAUUCCAUUCUGGCAAGUUAAUGAGGAGGAUGUUGAUUAUUUUGAUAGCACCUAUAGGGAAGAGUUUUAUGAAGUGGGGUUGCCUCAUGGACUCACAGUGUCUGGAACAAAAUUUAACAUUUCAAAAGUGGAAGUGAAGGAUUAUGCUCAUAAAUUUUUCUGUCAUUUCAUAUAUGGUUCUCAACAGUUUACAGCCUACAUCAAAUUGGAACGCCCAGCUUGGAACAUUCAGGGUUACUUAAUUGGAGGAGGAGUUUCUUUGGUAUUUUUAGUAUUUUUUACCCUCUUUAUCUACAAGAUUUUCAAAGUUGAUAUUGUGCUUUGGUAUCGGGACUCCUGCCAUCCUUUCCUGAGUAAAAAAGUUUCAGAUGGGAAGAUCUAUGAUGCUUAUGUUCUAUAUCCAAAGAACAGAGAGAGCUGCUUGUAUUCAUCAGAUAUUUUUGCUCUGAAGAUACUGCCAGAGGUCUUAGAAAGGCAGUGUGGAUAUAACCUCUUCAUAUUUGGGAGGGAUGAUUUACCAGGAGAAGCUGUGAUCAGUACUGCUGAUGAAAAAAUCUGUCAAAGUAGAAGAGUGAUAAUUGUUUUGGUUCCGGAGCCCUCCUCUUACAGUAUUCUAGAAGAUGUAUCUGAAAAGCAGCUAGCCAUGUAUAAUGCUCUUAUUCAAGAUGGCAUUAAAGUAAUUCUCAUUGAACUUGAAAAAAUACAAGAUUAUGCAACCAUGCCAGAAUCCAUCCAAUAUGUUAAGCAAAAGCAUGGGGCUAUCCGAUGGAAAGGGGACUUCUCAGAAAGGUCUCACUCAGCAAGUACCAGAUUCUGGAAGAAAGUGCGCUACCAGAUGCCAUCCAGAAAAAAUGGAACCUCACCAGGAUUACAUUUGUUACCAAAACACUUCAGUUCUCCCUAAAUAACAAAAGAAACAUGAACAUGACACUGAAUGACUGGUUCUGUUCACAGUCAGUGAUGGGAUUGAUGGAAGGUCACACACAUCUGUUCUUUGCAGCCAAUCUUAUCCCUAUGUUCUGGGUUGAAGGUACUACGACUUCAUCUACAGAUGUGAAUUGCUUGUUUCUUCUGGCCAGGACAACAGAAUGCCUUGAAAUGUUGUCAGUGAUGACAUGGAAGCUGCGUAGGAAGUACAGGAGGCCUUUUCCAAGAAUUGCACUAUCAUUUGGUGGAAUUCUUUUGGUAUUA